AUGUUGAAAGAUUGUGGACGAAGAGACGGGGGCGGGCGGGGGGGAGAGGCUUUCGUGGAAGUGACUGCAGCGGGAUACACAAACGAACCCGCCCGUGGCGGUAUUAUGCAGUUGUCAAACGUUUGGAGAGGGCAUAGGCUCCGGGGAAUGAGGCAAAUAAGGCAAAUACAGUGUGAACGAGAAGAGAAGAGAACUGAGGGAGUGGGUAGGGAAGUGAUGUCACCAGAGGGGAAGCUGGACACUUCGCAAAUUCGGAUUACAAGUGCGUCAGCAACGACCCAGUAUCGCAGUAGGGGCAUCAAUUUCAGCUCAUAGACCAUUGCUCACUGCCGCGGCCUUCUUCUCUGCUGUGGUGAUACAGAGGCACAUCGGACACACGUGUGCAUGACAGUGGCCACUUUGGCCUCGCAAGAAAGCAAAACUGAAAUAUGCUCAAUUGCAGCCAAUAGAAGGACUCGUACCAGCAAAACGUAUUUAACAUUUGUUGGCCGAACCCCAA